AUGGAGAUGGGUAAACACGGUCCAGACGGCAACGAGAAACAACCGAAAGCUACGCGUUCGCCACUCGCGUCAGUAACUAACAACGUCGCCACACCGAAAACCAAGCCCGCUGCCAUUGCCUUACCGAGAUUUGGUAUGAGAUCUGGAUCUGACACCCUUCGGUUGAAGAAACGGAGACGCAGCAGCUCUGACGCGAAGGACAUAGACACAAACAACCCAUCUCCUGAAGGGCCGAGUAGUCGAAGGUUGCGAUUGACAAACGAUACCCCACUCACUCCUGCCCCAGCCACCGAUCUGAAUAUUUCGACGGAGUUGAAGGGGGGGUCGAAGCAGCUCAGGGAGUUGAAGCAGACCAAGGAUUCCAAGGAGUCCAAUGAAAUUGGAUCGAAGGAGACGAAGGACUCCAAGGAGUCGAAUGAAUCGAACGAGAAGGAGUCCAACGAGACGGCGGAUUUGAAGGAGCUCAAGGAGACGAUAUCACGACUAUCCGAGAAGCUGAUGGCACGCGGACGCAACCCUAGCACGGGUGUAUUGAAGCAGGGUUUCAAUACGAAGAUUGAAACAGAGAGGCGGCGGUGGUCCGGGGGGAUUGUGGGACGCGAACGGAACCGUGACAGGGACGAUUUUAAGACGAGGCUCGAUGCCUUCAGGGAGAGACUCAACAAGAAGGUUGGGAAGCAGAGGCGGCGAUCCGAAGAGGUGGCGCGAGCUCAAAGCAGGCGAAGAUUGAGACUAGAGAGGAAGAAGAUGUUGUCUCCCAGCACGAGACAAAGCUUGAGCUCGCAUGCCAGAUUCGUGGAUGCAGCGGAGACCGAAACCGUCGACGACCGCAGAAGAGGAAAAAGAGUUACGCCUUCCCCGCUCGCGCUAGUAACCAAUGCAGUGGUCGCAUUGGGAGCAAAGCCCGCUAUCCUCCCACCGAGAUCGGGCUUGGGGUCCGGGUCCGACUUCAGUCUGUCGAGGAAACGGCGACGGAGCAGUUCUGACUCCACAGGCUCUCUAGUAGAGCCGGAUAAUCGACGAGUACGAUUUACGAACGAUCCAACACUUGUUCCGUUCGCAGCCACGGCUGUGAAUAGAGCACGUGUUGAGGAUUCGAAGUUCCUGCGAAAGGAGAAGCUGGCGGGACAGGAGAGCGGCCCUGGCACGGAUACGUCCAAGGAGAGGCUGGAUGCAACGAUUGCACGCCAGAGAUGGAGGUCGGAGAUGACGAAGGACGCUGCAGCGACGAACGUCGAGGAACGCGGCACCAGGACCUCCAAGAAGGUGUAUACCUUUGCGGCACCGGAUAGCCCGUCCGAGUGGUCUCGAGUACAUGCCGCCGUCACCCGCACCCGCACCCGCACCCGCUCGGCGUCCGAAGCCCACACCCUCGUACACGCGGAUGGUGACUUCCCGCUCCUACGUCCCGCCGCCCACGCACACCCGGCCAGCGAAAGGUCUCCUCCGGGCCCCAGCAGUCUUCGACUCCGCGCCGGACACCCGAAGCUGCAGGAGUUGAAGGCGGAGUUUGAACUGACUAGGGCCAGAGGCAGGUCGAUCGUCCAUAAGGCGGAUGUGAUUAAGGAGGAUUUCUCCCCGAGGUUGAGGGAGGAGAUCGAGAGCCUGGAGGUCGGGCCGGAUCGGACACAGGGGCUGGGCUUCAACGACGAGAACGAUGAGGACAGUGAGGACGACGUGGAUGGUGAGGACGAUGACGAUGACGAGUAUGACGAGGACGAAGAGGACGACGGCGACGAAGAGGAGCACAGUGACGACGAGGAGGAUGAAUGGCCGGGAAUAGGGUGGCGGUGA